CACCCAUCUUGGCCUCCCGCUUCCACUCACCAUCUACCUUCCUGCCCUUUUCACUCAGUCUAUUUGACAGACCAGUAUCUAUUUCACGAUGGCUGCAAGAUUCCUGGACAUGGCGCUUGAUGAUGUCGCUAAAUCCCGCGCCGCCAACAACAGAAGCCCUAAUCCUCGACGUGGUGGUCGUGGUGCAGGACCAACUGGACGAGACAGCCCUGGUCGCUCCAACCGUUCUUCGCCUUACACUCGGAACACGCCCGAGGACCGCUGGACGCAUGACAAGUUCGAUGAGACAGCUCAAAGGAGCUCAGGAGGACGCGGCGGUGACCCCAAGAGGGCAAACGAUGGAAAUGCCGGAAAUGCAGGAAACGCAGGAAACGCAAAGAUUGUUGUCGAAAACCUCCACUAUGCUGUCACUCUGGAGGAUAUCAAGGAACUUUUUGACACGCAUGCUGGUCCAGUCAAGUUUGCAGAGGUCAAGUACGAUCUUUCGGGACGAUCGACAGGCGUUGCUACGGUUCUAUUCAACAAUCCAGCGGAUGCUGCCACUGCCAUCAAAAAGCUUCAUGGAAUCGCUCUUGAUGGUCAGCCCAUGAAGAUCGCUUAUGCACCGCUUCCUGCGAGUCGCAACCAGCAAGACAAGCGACAGGGUCCUUCUUCGAGAGAUGGACCAAAGAGAGAUGUGUUCUCACGGUUGGGUUCAAGCGAGGCCGAUAUUGCUUCGCGACUUGGCAAGUUGAACCCUGUCUCAAAGCCUACAGGUGGUCGCAAUCAGGGUUCAUCGAACCAGGGAUCAUCGAACCAGGGAUCUUCGAACCAGGGAUCGUCGAGCCAGGGACGUAGACAAGGAGGGCAGCGUGGGGGACCACCCAAAGAUAGACAGAAGCCUCAGGUCAAGACAGCAGAGGAGUUGGAUGCCGAGAUGGACACAUAUAUGGGCGAUGGAACGGCAUAAAUAACGUAUUGACUUGAACCCGUGCCAUGGAGACGCUCAGCAGGGAUUUACUUUAUUUGUCAAUAAAAAAAAAUUCUGAAAGGACAAAUGGAUCCAACUUUGUAGUCCUACAACCCAGAGUUGAAC